AGGGAGCCGGAGAUAGUGCGGCUACGGUUACUUUUCCUGCGGUCCUGCCGAGGAAGCUUCCGCCCUUGCGCUCCCUUCUUUUCCGGCCGAGAGCCCCAACCUGGAAAGCACCUUCCCCUUCAAGAAGCAGCUUAUGUCUUCUAGAAGCCUUGCCUGCCUCUUCUUGUAGAAACAGUUUGGGAUGUGGUAAUGCCAACCAGACUUCUCAGAGCCCUGGCCGGAUCUCACCGUGUAUUGUCAAAAGCCCAGCAGGGCCUGAAACUUGUUCAUGUACCAUUGGGACCACUUAAGGAAUUUGAACAUGUGAAGUGCAGCACACAGACAGUGCAUCAAACCUGGGAUUUGUUCUUUCCUGAUACUGCAGCUGGGGGUUUGAUCCUGGCAACGAACCAGAAAAUAUCAAAUCCAAGCAUAUUGUCUCCGUUAAGUGCUACACGUGGCCAGGAUGAAAAAUCUCACCCUCCCACCAUGAAGUCAUUUGGUGCUCCGAGGAAAGUGACCCACAAACCGAAUGUAUUGGGUCCUAAAUGGUUCAUAAAAAUACUAAAGAGGCAUUAUUCAUCUAUAUCAACGGAAACGUUUGUUCCAAAACAGGACUUUCCGCAGCUCCUGAGACCACUAAAACCGUCCAGGACCAGGCAGCCGUCCAGGACCAACCUUCCGGUUCUGUCUGUGAAUGAGGACCUGAUGCAGUGCACAGCAUUCGCCACGGCAGAUGAGUAUCACCUGGGAAAUCUGUCUCAGGAUCUGGCCUCCCAUGGAUACGUGGAAGUAACAAGCUUGCCUAGAGAUGCAGCAAAUAUUUUGGUGAUGGGUGUGGGAAAUUCUGCAAAAGAAGGCGAUCCUGGAACAGUAUUCUUCUUCAGGGAAGGAGCUGCUGUGUUUUGGAAUGUGAAAGACAAAACUGUGAAGCAUGUGAUGCAAGUUCUCGAAAAACAUGAAAUUCAGCCCUAUGAAAUUGCAUUGGUACACUGGGAAAAUGAGGAGCUUAACUACAUAAAAACAGAGGGGCAGUCAAAACUUCACAGAGGGGAAAUCAAGUUAAAUUCAGAGUUGGAUUUAGAUGAUGCCAUUCUAGAGAAAUUUGCUUUCUCCAAUGCUCUCUGCCUUUCAGUGAAACUGGCUAUUUGGGAAGCAUCACUGGAUAAAUUUGUUGAAUCUAUUCAGUCAAUCCCAGAGGCAUUAAAAGCUGGGAAGAAAGUGAAACUAUCUCAUGAAGAAGUCAUGAAGAAAAUGGGUGAACUCUUUGCCCUAAGGCACCGUAUAAACCUGAGUUCAGAUUUCUUGAUUACUCCUGAUUUCUACUGGGACAGAGAAAACCUGGAAGAGCUUUAUGAUAAAACGUGUCAGUUCCUUAGCAUUACCCGGCGAGUUAAGGUCAUGAAUGAAAAACUUCAGCACUGCAUGGAACUAACAGAUCUAAUGCGGAAUCAUCUGAAUGAGAAGAGGGCACUCCGCUUGGAGUGGAUGAUUGUCAUUCUCAUCACUAUCGAGGUAAUGUUUGAGCUGGGACGAGUAUUUUUCUGAUCAAGUGAUAAACAAAGCGUCAUUGCAAGAGAUGUUCGAGUUCUGCAAUCAGAAAUACACAUUCACUAUUGGGUGACCUCUUAAUAGGUAUUUAAUUUUUUUGAAUCAAGAAACUAUUACAGUCUUUUUCAACUCCAAGUAUACUGUUGCUUGAAUAAAAAUGAUAAAGAGGGA